AUAUGGCUGUCAAAUUCUGAAAACUUCAGAAAUUGCCCAAGGAAAGUUGCUUUUGCGGCCGGUAAACAACCCAAAGCAUCCAUAUUCUCAGUGUUGCUUGAAGGGCAUUGUUUACUGAUGCAAAUUAACCUGAGUUUUAUGAGAUCUAAUCCUGUUUUGAGUGAGAAAAAUAAGUAAUGAGUGCCACACGAAGUAGGCCUGGCAGUGCUGCUGGCCCUGCCUCAAAAACCACCACCAAGAAGAAGCGACUGAGCCUCACAGACAAUGACGCCAAGGUGCUUGGGAAUUAUGAAAGAAGGAAGGAAGCAGCAGUACCAACGACACAGUUCACAACGAAGAUGUUUCGGACCUACAACAGCACUUGGACUCCGAUGGUGCACAAGCCAUCGAAUCAGUUGAUUUUCACUGAGAGGUCGGAGCUUGUUUCACAUUGGUUUGAUGUUUGGACGGAUGCCCAGCGGAAACGUUUCCUUGACGUGAUCCUCCGGCAUUGCAAACGCUCACAGUUCUACUUCCUUCAGAACUGGUUCCAGGAGCGCGUGCCGAUGAGACAUCUAGACUUCACCACAGUUCUCCCUCGCUUCCUCACACUGUAUAUCUUCUCAUUCCUUGACCCAAGAAGUGCAUGCAGAGCAUCAGAAGUAUGUUGGAGAUGGAAGUUCUUGGCUGAGCAGGAUGAAAUCUGGGCACCAAAGUGUAUGAAGCUCGGCUGGUACUUGCCUUAUUCUCCUGCAUCUAAUGAGUACGGUGCUUGGAAGAAACACUACGUGGCGUGCCUGAUGACACUGGAUGUCCAAGGGCCAGACACAGAGGCUGCGCUUUAUGGACGCCUAGGGGAUGGCACGGAAAUCAAGAAGGGGAAGAAGAAGAAUGUCUUGCUCAGAUCGAACAAGUUACCAAAGGAGGCUAGCGAUUUGGUCAUUUCUUCUCGUCCUCCCUGGAUGGAUCCAGACAAGAAACCAAAAGAUCUUGAAAUGGCAGCUAAGUCACUCCUAGAUGGUCGCAACCCUAACGACGUCAGGUUAGACAAAUCGCAGUUGACAUUCCAUAACAAGUUUGGCCAAGUCGAGCCAAAUCUGCUUUCGAGGUCUCUUCCGACGUCCCUAGGGGAACAUACUGAAUUCGGACUGCAAUCGUCCAAGAGAAGAUCAGGGCAUAGGAUACUCACAGGCGAUGAAGACCAUGAUCUGACCAUGGACCAGCUGAGGAAGAUGACACUGUCCAAGAGUGUAGAGCUUCAGAACCUGGAGGAGAUGAGGUUACAGCAGAUUGUUGGGACGUCGUGGGAACCACCUCCGAAGAGGAUCAUGCCUAAAAGGACAAAUUUAACAGGAGGUGGGGACUACCCAAUUCCAUGGAGCAGCAAGGACAAACGCUCUAUGGCGAUGAACUAUCCUAACCACGUCAACCCAAGGAUCGUGUUCAUCUCGUCUCGUGUCCCAGCAGCUGAUCUAUUAGUUGAUGCUGUCCUAUUUGGUGUGAUCCCUAUUGUCUACGAGUAUGAAGGUACAACGCUAGAUUCUCUGAUGGGCAGGCUUGACAACAUAUUAGAGGGACGCCAUGCAUCGACUAUUGGUAUAUUCUGCCACCAGGACGAACCUUCGGAGAUGAGACUCGUCCAUGGAUUUACGGCAGACUUGGACGAUCUCGACAACCCAGACGUCCUGGAGUUUUUCGAAUUUGUCGCCAACCACACUCUGCCGGCCAACCAGGGAGGAAGAAUUGAUUUAUUUGUACCGCUCGGUGCUAGUGAGUACGGCACUGAGCUCAUGACACAGCUUCAGCUUGUGACCGGGCAGCAAUUCAAUGCUCCCACUGGAAUCAUCGGAAACUAUAAUCACAUCAACAGCGAGUGGUUACUGAACAAUGCCGAUGGUGGCAGCCCACCUGGCCUGUACUUUGCUCAGAGUAAACUGAACGUCUGGGCAAACACUGCCGACAUUGUGCAGGAAGCGAUCUCGGUCACCAAGAAAAACCUGAGUGGAUACUUCGAACAGAAGCACAGAGAUCUGGUGUCACAGGUUACAGGUCAGAUGGUAUUCGAUGCAAUGGGCCAGACCGACAUCCAAGGAAUCAACGAAGUGACAACUGUACUUGUAGAAGGUCUGGUAACCCUUGGCAAGCAGAAGAAUGUACGACCCAUAGAAUUCCUGGGGAAGUUUCUGUUGGAGAAGUCGGGCAUGACCGUCAUGGAGAAAAUGUCCAGCACUCAGUCUGGGACUCAGAAGACGGUCUCGGGCAUUGGCAGCAAUCCAAGAAAAUCCUUUGAUCAAUACUCUGAGGAGUUUGAAGCUGAAGAUGGAUUAGAUGGGACCAUUGAUGAGGAGAUUGAUGAGGACAUAGAGGAAGAUAUUGAAGAAGACAUUGAUGGGGGAAGCAUUGGAGGAGAAAAGGAAAAGAAGGACCAACCUAAGAGAUACAAAGAAAAACAAAACGAAAUGAAGAUGAGCAAGUCAUCAGGAUCAGCCACCAUCAACGGCUCCUCACAGUAUCCUGGUCCAACUAUGACUAUGACACCGCGCUACACCAAAAGAUCUGGGACAACAGCCAAAGUGCCAAUUAGACUCUCGACUGAGGAGUUUGCCAUCCAGCCUGACAAGCGAGCAGCCACGGCCAGAGAGAUCCACGCCUCAGAAGUCGAGUUCAAGAGAACGUUAGAAAUCUUACGUGACGUGUACAUCCAGCCUCUGAGAGCUGCUCUCUCGUCGAACAGGGCGAUCGUCAGCGCUGCCAGUGUUCAAACUAUUUUCUCCAACCCUAUGCAGAUCCUGGAUUCUUGCAUUUCUCUUGAGAAGGAUCUGCGCGCCCGUGUAAGUGAGUGGAGCCCACAACAAUGUUUGGGUGACGUGUUUCUUAAGUUCUGUGGUCGGUUAAAGAUCUACACCAAUUAUUGCAACAACUACACGACCAUUCUGUCAUCCAUUGAGCGCUGUAUGGAACAGUCACCAGGAUUCAGGGCGUUCUUGAAGAGGCACAAUAGGUCGGCGAGGACUAAAAUGUUAACUAUUCAGGAGAUUCUGUUGUACCCAACACGUCGGAUCCUCGAGUACACUACCUUACUCAGCAUGUUAGAGACUCACACCCCACCAGACCAUGCUGACAGGGCCGACUUGGCCCAAGCCAUUGCCAUGCUGAAGGACCUGGCUGAAUUCAUUGCUGAGAGCAAAAUGCGAGUCCAACACGAGAAGGAAAUUGUCCGUCUGCAGAAGUCGAUCUUGAGCUGCCCCUGCUUGUUGGAAGCUAACCGGUACCUGAUCCGUCAUGAGGAUAUGGCGCUUUUGAGAGCUCCGUCUGAUGACGUCGCUCCUGAGCUCAAGAUCUACCAACACAUCGAGAUGUUGGGCCUGUAUCUGUUCAACGAUGCCCUGCUGAUCACGCGACGGACAACGAAACACUUCCCGUAUGAACAGUGCAUGGAGCAUACAUAUAAAAUGGACAUGAGUCUCGCACUGAAAACUAUCAAAGUGGAAGAUAUCGCAGAUUCGAAGUAUGUGAGGAAUGCAUUCAAGAUGACUACAUCGAAGAAGAGCUGGAUAUGUUCCGCUGAUAACGUGGAUGCCAAAUACAACUGGAUGACAAUAUUGGAGAGUGCGAUAAGGGCAGCUAUGUAACUUGAUUAGGUUGACUGAGGUUUGAGAAAAUCUCAAACUCUACCAUGGUCUGAGAUGUUUGAAUAUCUCACAUCAUUGUACACUGUUUAAAAUCAUUCAAAUACAGAAGAACCUCUGUGCUGUCCUUACUAGAGAGGUGUCCUGGUUAGAGAGGUAAAAUUGAAUGGAAACAACCAACUUGGGACCAAACCUAGUGUCCUUAAUAAAGAGGUUGUCCUUAAUAGAGAGGUGUCCGCUAAGGGAGGUUCCACUGUGUUGUAAUCAGAGAAUACUAAAUUGUGAAUCGGAGCAUUUGAAAUGCCUUGUUAUGGAUCAUGCACAAUUUAAAAUAUUGAAAAGUUUGAGAAAACUUUUCGGAUUAGGAGGAAGAGAGGGGUGAAGAGCUGUUAUCCUGGCUGGUUUUGCAGGAGCCAAACAGGCAUCUAGAGUUUAUUAUCAUGGCACACACUUUGUGUAUUUACUGUUUGAGGCAAGAUCACAUUGGCAACUGAUUGUAUUGCUAGGUGUGCAACCUGCUUUACUGAAGAUGGAAGGCAUUGUAUGCUUCUGUGCGUGUCUAUUUUGUAAAUUUUCCUGUAAUUGCUCAAAUUGUCUUGGUGUUAUUGACUUAUAUGUAAGAAAGUUGAUGUUUUACAUAGAAAACCUUUCAGUACCGCAGUGUAGACACCCAUCCAUUUUACACCAAUUUAUAUGUUUAAAUCUAUUCUAAUACCUGUUUGAUUUUUGUUACAUUUUAUGAAAUUUUGAUGACCUUGUUGAUAUCCACGAAUUAGAAACGGCAGUGCUUUUGCACAUCUAAUCUUUCCCCAAAACCAAUGUUAAUCAAUUCUGUGAGGGUAUAUCUACAAUUAGCAUUUGUAGUUAGAUUGUUUAGCUUUUGUGAAGUUAGAGAAAUAAGAAAGACAGGCAACAUAGAGAGAAUCCACGCUGCUAUGUAUUAAAAAAUGUUGAGUGGGUAUAGUAUUUUUGGCAGAUAAUGCAGUAGAAUGUGAUAUUUAUUGUGGUGAAAAUGCCAAAUCUAAUUGGUGCACAAAUCCAGUUUUAUGCUGACUAUAGUUUAUUUUUGUAGAGUAUAGAGUUUACCUAGCAACUUGUGGAUAGUAAAUAAUAUUUAUUGUAUCAGAACCUUAUCUUUCUAUAACCUGAUUGACACUUUAUUUUGAUCAAUAAUCGAAGUGAUUCAGUGAUUCAUGAAAAAGUGUACAGUGAUUAAUGAAAUACUGGUCUCAACAAACCUUCUUGUAAACUGUAACUAUGGCUGAUCUAUGACUUUGUAGGAAAUUGCAAUGAAAAAGAGAGGAUUAGUUAUAGAAGCAUAGUAAAGUAGAAAACAACGUUUAGGUAUAGAAUUGUAUGAUUAUUUUGAGGUAAAUUGUUUUGGCUAAGUAAGUUGUUUCAAAAUGAGAAAGGGGGAGAAAUUAGAUGAAUUCCCCGAGAUUGGGAGGGGGGGUCAUUUUAGAAUAUUGUUAUAGGCACUGCCCACAUUAACUUUGCUGAGUGAAGGGCUGGUAAAUCUAUUUCAUGCUGUUACUGUCGUGCACAAACAUUCAGAGUGCAAUGAAUAGAAAUUGGAACUGUUUUGAUCAAACUUUAGUUUUUGCUUUAUGUAAGAACACAGUGAUGAUAGUUUAAUAAAGA